AGAUUGCUAUCGAUCAUUUUUGAAGAUUGGUUACGAUUCGUACCAAAAGUAUUACAAUCUGUAUAUUAGCGAACUAAAAUUCGGUGACUUUUUAAUACACGUGUGAUAUGCAAUGAAUGUAAUAUUUAAUACACAGAUUCGUUUAACAUGUUUUGACAAACACAGUGUGAUAAGAUCUAUUUUUGUUCUGUGCUUUCCGAAAUUAAAUGAUUCUCACUUUUGUCUUUUGAUUGACACAACACACAUACUUUAAUCUAUAUGUAUAUUUAUUCCUUUGAAACAUCAUGUAACUUAAAAGUUACAUAUCCAUGUAUCUUUUAUCUAUAUAUCUAAUAAAAAUAUUAAAUGACAGUUCUCAUAUUAUAAAUUGGAAUAAGUAACUACAAUUAGCUAAUAAUCUUUUUCCUCUGCAAGUGAAUAAAAUUCUAAUCACAGAAGGUCAAAUAUGAAAUAGAGAUCUGUACCAAUACGAUGUAUCUGUCUGCUAAAAAUUACAUAGGAUUAGAACACGAUUCAUUUAAUCGACGAAACAAAGAUCUUUAUUCAAGACGAAUGUACACGAGUUGUUUCAUUCCUGUUGCAGAUCUUUCGAAGAACCGUUUUGCCGAACUACCGGAAGAAGUGACCGAGUUCCUGUUCCUCGAGAAGCUGCACCUUUACCACAAUGCGAUAAGAAUAAUACCGGAAACCGUGGUGAUGCUCCAAUCUCUCAACUACCUCGAUCUUAGUCGCAAUCAAUUGACGUCUCUACCUCGGGAGAUAUGCAGGCUACCGCUGCAAACGUUACUGGUCGCUCACAACCGAUUGGCGUCCCUGCCAGACGAAUUGGGCAGGAUGUCGGCGUUAGCCGAGCUCGACGCAGGCUGCAACGAAAUCACGAACCUGCCACCUCGAAUGGGCGACCUCGCGCGACUUAGGUCCUUGGACUUGAGGAGCAACAUGAUCGUGCACCUGCCUAUAGAACUGACGUACCUGAGACUCGUGAAGCUGGAUAUCAGCGGCAACCGAAUAUCCGUGCUUCCGAACGAGAUGAGGAAAAUGAAGAGCCUGGUUGACUUUCGGCUGUCCGACAAUCCUUUGACCUCGCCACCUGCCUCGGUGAGCACGAGCUUCUGUAUAAAAACGAAAAUCGAGCCCCGUUCAGUUAUCGAUCGGCCGAUCGAUCACUCAGCCGGCUAUUCUCGCUUGUGUUCGCAGCUAUGCAUUCGCGGGCGAACGCACAUCUUCAAAUAUUUGGAGAGACAGGCGGCGAAACACGAGAGAGCAAGGGGCGGCCGUACGAGGAGGACACCCCUGGAUGUUAGAGGUCACGCGACUCUGGACACGAGGACUCACAGGCGGCACAACGUCGACAGCGGAUACAGCACCAGCGACGGCGUCGACAAACGCUGGUCUCAAGAAAUUCACAGCGCGGUGCACGACGGCGAGGUUCGAGGACUGUGGCGUCAAGAAUGCUCGCCACUUUCGAUCACGUUGCCGCACGAGACGGGCGUGAACGGAUCCUGCAGCGGUACCUCGACGCCUAGUACCAUCUCGCCUGGCGAGCACACGUCGCUCGAGGAUGAGCUCGGCAAGGCUAUGAUACUGCACGAUCAGUUGGAAAAGAGAAAACUAGAAAGAAGCACGUCGGAGAAUGGCGCCGAUGUCAGAAGACCGAUGACCUCUGGCCUCUACCACGCGUCGAUUACGCCGCCCGGUCCCCUCGAGUCCGCUCAUCUGAGUCAGACGACAACGCCAGUGUCAACGAACACGCAGUCCGUGCAACCGCUGCAAACAUCGACCGCGAAUGCUACCUCUUUGAUGAACGGGGACGAGAAAAGACCGCUCAAUCACAUUCAAACUUAUAGAGAGUAUAAAGAGGCAUUGAGACAACAAAGAGCCAACGAGGGACCCAGCGUGUACAGGCCACGUGAGCAGGUGACACCGCCAGGCAACGAAUCGCAGAACAACGAGACAGACUCGGCCAGCAAUAAAGACGCACUCGGUAUGACCGGCAAGCAGAUCUUCAACGAGGAGAACGCGACGAAGAGACCGGUGCAGAAAGUAACACCGUCGCGUAUCAACUAUCAAAACACGCCGAUUAUCAAUGGUAGCAAUAACGAAUACAGCAAUAAGAACGGGAAAUACCUCGAGCAGCCGUAUAAAAAGCCUAACUCGCCGAUCAAAACAUCAUCGAGCAUUUUAUCUUCCAACACUAGUCCGGGGCACACUCCGAGACUGGUCAAGACCGCUGUUGGUUACGUAGAAGGUAACAAGAGUCCUAGUAGAAACGGCGGGAGUCCAAAGUCUCCUCGGUCGGUUACGUGGAACAGUAACGUGCCAGAAAAGUACUCGUUCACUAUGAGAAGAGAAUUCGAGCGUGCCAAGGAGGAAGCUGACUUGAUCGAGCAGCUUCGAAACCACAUUGAAACAAGGCUGAAGAUGGCUCUACCGGAAGACCUUGCCCCGGCGCUGACAGACGGAGUUGUACUUUGUCACUUGGCAAACCACGUGAAACCUCGGUCGGUCGCCAGUAUCCACGUUCCUUCACCAGCUGUGGAGGUGUUAUUGGACGCGGACGCAAUCAUGGACGUGGGUUACAUGGACGCGUACGGGCUGGAGGCUCUAGCGCGUCUCGUCUCCGCUCUUCUCCUUCUCCGUGACGAAGGAAAGAAAGAUACCGAAGAAUCGGCCGCAGGUUCAUCCCAUACGAUUCAGGAUCGCGUUCUAUCCGCGAUGCUUUUUGCCACAUUCCUCUCCAGCCUCGUUCUGCUCUACCUCUUCCCCAUUCCUGAUUAAAAACCAAACGAAAGAGAAAAGAAAGAAAAAGAGCGAGUAAGACGAGAACGCCAGAGUGCAAAAUGAUGGGACGAACGACGCUCGCAGGACAAAAGCACAAUCGAAGAUUACGCUGGGAUUACGACAAACAAUAUAUCGACACGCGACGCGAAUCGGUUCGGUUCGCAACGAACUCGGUGGAGAAGACACGGUUUUUUUUUUUAUCUUUUAAUUUCUCGAUUCGUUCGCCGAGCCUUCGUCGAGUCGCGCGAGGUUGAAUCGCUGCACGACAUUCCUCUGUCCACUUCUUCCAGCCCGAUUAGAACUCUUAGAGCGGCAUGAUAUUUUUCUAAUUUUAUUUUCUUUGUAUCUGGUUUGCUUCGACGGGCGAAGAACGGGGUCGAGUGUCGCGCAGAGCCAUUCCCUGUCAGAUGCUAAUUGCGAGUUUAUUUUAAGUAUAAUACAAACGAUACCCGGAAGGAAGAAACCGUAUCGAAAGCUAUUCAUCGAUCGUCGGGAGUAUCUCGUUAUUCUAGUUCGACGUUGUUCCAGUUCUGACUUUUCCCUUCUCGUUUCUCAUUCUUCCGUUCAAAGGAAUUGCUGUCGAACCGAGAGACAACCGCUCGAUGACUUUCGUCCGUUGUAAAAAACGUUUGAUCGACACGUCGAUUUGACUGAGAAACAGUUAGGCUGAGCUUUGGCUUCUACAUUCGAUUUAAUUCUACAUUCGAUUAUGACACAGGCAACGAUGAGAUCUGCAACACUUCGAAUCGUUUCGAAUCUCCUCGAAUACGGUUCUUAAGCUUAAAAUCUUUGAAAGUUUCGAGCGUGACUAAUUAUCAAACAACCUGAACUUUUUAAAUCUUUUUUAACAUUUAUGUUGCAUAAUUUUGUAUUAGCUCAACAUUGAAUACUCGUCGCGGUAUCGAACUGUCUCGAAACUUUCACGACGUUCAAGACGAUCAAAGGUUUAUUAAAACUUUCCGGAGUUCGCAGCUUCGAAUCGUGUUCCGCGUGAUUUGAAUUCGAAGUCGUCAAAUAUACAGUUCGAAACGAUUCAAGAAAAUGUCACAGAUUCCAUCGCUGGUGUAGUAUGAACAGGGUUGUUCGUUUGUUUGCCUCCAUCGUUGUGGCUCGAGAGAGACGCUUGAAACUUCCUUCGGCGAGCUAGUAUUCGGUAGUCGAUUCAAGUAUCGAACGGCUUGAUCGUAAGUACAUUUAGUCCGCCUAGUUUGUAGAAACGGCCACGUAGUGCGUAGGUUAGCGUUUCUGUUUUUUAGUAAAUAAGACGACGAAGACUCGAGCUCGAGGAACGUCAAUCUCGAGUUCUGGUCGUUGAACGCGAGAACAUCUUACGACGAACAGGGAACGU